AUGAGCGACACAAUCUCCACGCGAAUCCCUGCCUCAUGCCCGGCCCCCGUCUCUCAGAUCCUGUACUACGCCUGGCACCACGAUCUCGGGCGUCUCAAGCGGCUCCUCGAGGCCCCGGGUCGUGCCAGCGUCCGGGAACCCACGACGGGCGAGACGCCGCUGCAUGCCGCCAUCCGCAGCUGUGCGCCAGUGAACCAGAGUGCACUGAAAGGCCGUAAUGACGGGACUUCGACAGAAGGCAGCGCCGAUGAUUCCCGAGUAGCAGACAACGCAACGGCAGUCGUGAAUGAGCUGUUUCGGAGCGGGGCAAUAUGGAACGAUGUCGAUAGCAACAACGAGACGCCCGGCUGCGUUGCCGCACGUCUCGGGCUCAGGCCUCUAUAUAUGCUAUGCGUCGCGGCCGGUGUGCGUGCCGAGUUGUUGUUCAGUCUGCUGGAUGGAUAUGAGGAGCUCGAGUCAAACGGUAGCGAGGAGAUGAUGGACGGAGAGGAAGAAAAGGGUCAAGCUGGAGUUGGGGAUAGCAAAGAACCCCGCGAGGUGGGACGGGAAGGGACGGAGGAGACAAAUAGCACACGAUACACAAACGACGCAGACGCCGCCAUCCAAAUAAGUGCGGCGGAGAGUAUGGUUGUCGCGGUUGACCCCGGCCGCACAUUUAGCCCGCCGCGACACGUUGCCGAGCCUGAUGUUAAUAGCGAGGACUACCUGCGCUCGAGCCUAACAUAUAGCGAGGGAAAGCUCGUCGACUCCUCACGAAACGGUGUUAUGAUGUCUUGGGAGACAUCUAUUAUGCGCGCUUCCGUCGAUGCGCUACUCCCGGGUCUUCCCUCCGGCCGGCGAAUCCUCAAUAUCGGCUUCGGCAUGGGCAUUAUCGACAGUAUGUUCAGCGCGACACUGCCGUCGAAGCAUCACAUCAUCGAGGCGCACCCCUCCGUCCUUGAGCAUAUCAAUAGCAAGCCAGACAGCAAGUUCGGCGGGGAAUGGGCGAAGAGCGGUCCCGGCGAGGGGGCGUAUCAGAUCCUCGCCGGCCGUUGGCAAGAUGUGGUACCCAGCCUCUUGGAGCAGGGCGAGAUCUACGACGCCAUUUACUUCGACACUUUUGGAGAGGACUACGGCCAGCUACGCAUGUUCUUCACCGAGUACGUCCCUAGCCUACUGGACGAGAAGGGUGUGUUUGGCUUCUUCAACGGCUUGGGUGCCGAUCGGCAGAUCUGCUACGAUGUGUACACGCAAGUAGUUGGGCUGCAUCUCAGCGAUGCCGGUAUGGAUGUCGAGUGGCAGGAAUUGGGCGUAGACAUGACAGAUCUAGAGAAGGAGGGCGAAGGGGAAUGGCAGGGCGUCAAGAGACGCUAUUGGACCCUGGAUAGUGAGUCGAUCCAUGAUUGA